UCAGGGUUGCAGCAUCAGUUGUACAUCAAUUCUUUUCUUUCCAUAGCAAAAAAAUAGAACAUCAUCCAUAUUUUUCAGUUAUUUUCUUCCCAGUUUAAGUUCACUUCAGGCCAGUUGCAUGCAUUGUUCGUCUGCCAAAAUGGUUUGCGAAACUAAAAUCGUUGCAGACGAACAUGAUGCCAUACCUGGGACCAAAAAAGAUUCAAUCAUCGUUUCCUCCUCGCAAAUGUGGACGUCUACUUCGCCUUCUCCCAGUGCGCACGAGAGCAAGGAGGACGAGAAACGGAACCGGGUUUUUAUUCGCGAGUUUGAACAUUCUGACCGUGAAGAGGUGCGACGGAUCUUCAACGAGGGAAUCAUGGAGCGCAUUCCCAAUUCGGCAUUUCGGGGUCUAAAACAGCAAACGCGAACGCAGUUUAUCUAUGCGUUUCUGACAGUAAUGUGCUAUGUUAUGUCCAAAUCGUACACACUGACCUUCUGCACACCCUUUAUUCUCAUGGGUGCACGUUAUUACUACAGCAGAAAAGUCAUACUCAACUACCUGGACUGCGCUCUGCACACUGAUAUGGCUGACAUUGAGGCAUAUUACAUGAGACCCACAGGCUCUUGUUUCUGGGUGGCAGUUUUGCAAGGCCAGGUGGUGGGCAUCGUGGCAGCGCAAGGGCGAGAAGAUGACAACACAGUUGAACUCCGUCGCAUGUCUGUGGACUCUCGAUUCCGCGGUAAAGGCAUCGCCAAGGCUCUUGGUCGACGUGUUUUAGAGUUUGCCAUGUUAAACAACUACUCUUCCGUGGUUCUGGGAACGACUGCAGUCAAGAUGGCCGCCCACAAGCUGUACGAGUCAUUGGGUUUCCGGCGAGUCGGAGAGACUGAGAACUACAUGCUCCCAGGGAUGACCCGUUCACCGCUGGAGAGGCUCUUCUUCCAGAUCCGCUACAGCCGGUACAGAUUACAGCUUCACGAAGAGUGAGAGACAAAGUUAACUUGAGCGCGCAAGAUAUAAAUGAAGCCGCCGUCAACGACCCUGAACCUUCCACUGACCCGGUCCUCUUGUUCUACCAAUUUAUUUGUAUUGUUUUUGGAUCUGUUCCUACAACUUUCAUUUUUAUUCAUUCUUAUUUAGAUUCUUAUUUGUAUAGUUAUGUUUAGCAUUUUAUGCCUUUGAUUACUAGAAGUUUCUGCUCUUAGUCUUUCUUUUCAUAGUCAUCUUGCCACCUUAAAAGGCCGUAAACAAUUGAAUAGCUCCAACGAUUUUGUGUUGUUUUUUUUUACAGUGACAAAUAUCCGCGCUAAAAAAAUUCUGCCUCUGACCCUUUUCCAAGCCAUCAUAAGGGCCGAUCAACAGAGUAGCACAGACCAAUCUAAAAUCUCAUGAAGCAGUGGACGUAGGGACUGGAGGGAUGAAGGUAGUACAUUUUGAUCCACCUUUUCUGAUGCUACCGUCCUCUGUCUGGUGGAAUCAAACAGUCCAUUAAAUUGUAACUUUAAGUCUGAAGCACAGCAUGCCUUUUAUAAACUUUGUGUAUCUGGCAAACAAAAAAGAGAGCUCAAAAAUCUGGUGAGCAUGAUAAAGCCAGUGGUUUAUAUCCCAAAGCUCCUACAGUAGUGUUGAUUGAGUAGGUUCCCAGGGUUAAGCCACAUUAAAAAUAGUUCAAAAACCACUUAAAAGAAUUUAAGUUUUUUCAUGUAAAAGAAAAAUCUUUAUCUACACUUUUGGCUGACAUUAAUGUUACAGUCAGUGAAAUCUAAGUUUACAGAUUUAAUUAAUUGUUCAAAUCUAAAUUCAUUUGAAAUACACACCUUUCAUAUACUGUGAAAAUCUGAAUUAGUAUAUUCAUCGUGGAACUAAUUUGAGCACAUAUCCAUUUGUGUAAUGAUUUAAUGAAGCUUUAAUAACAAUUUGAUUGAACUUUUAUAAACUUUGUGGAUAAUUUAAGCCUUCAGGUUUGGGAGACAAUAGAAUUUACUCCAAAAUUUCUGAAUUGUAGUCAUGCUUCCCCAUCUGAUAUGGCUUCUUCAUUGCAAUAUCUGAAGUCUGACUAUUAAAAAUGUAGAAAAACAAAUGCAAUCAAAUAUGAAUCCAAUAUAUGACAGCAAUAUGAUGAUGGAAUGUAAAUUAAAUGGAGCACAAAUCUAAAUUUGGAUAAAUAUAACAAAAUGGACUGUACAAGUACACAAUAUAUAAGGCUUUAAAUUCUGCACUAAUUAAUGUAUAUGUAUAAUGUUUGAAUACCUAUUAACACCCAUAAUCUCUCUCCGUCUCCAUUGUCCUAUCACAGUACCAGCAGAGGGAGAGAUACAAACCACAAUGAGCCUCAUCUGUGAUAUACUGUUGUAUAAAUUUAAGCAAUUUAAUAUGAUUAAAAUACAUAGAAGUAACAUGUAGUGCAAAAAAACAAAAAACAAAAAAAAACAUAAACCUCGCCAGUUUUCCUUGACUGCAACCCUGGGCCAGACCCCUCCCUCCCUUACGUCCCCACCCUUCUGCCCCAUUCCCAUAUCUGCAUGUGCCACUGAGUCUUGUUGCCCUGCCUUUUUCCAUUCAAGCUUGUACUAUUCCCAUACUUCCCUCUGUGAUGUCACAGUAGCAGUGUGGAAAUAGGAAUGUAAGAUGGGCGGGGUCAGCCAAAUACUAAGACUACCCUCCAGCUUGCUGCAUCAAUGACAUCACAGCUGCCUAUAGUUGAAUGCAAGAGCAAUGCAAAUGUGUGGCAUGCCUCUGUACCUGGUUUGUGCAUACAGUGCCUGCCAUGGAAAAGAAGUAAACUAUACUUAAAAUAUGUAAAACAAGCUUCUUUCUUUAACUGAACAUAUUACAAACUUGUGUGUUUCAUUGUUCAAAGAACUUGUUGUUGCAUGAAAUGUCUUUGAAUGAAAAAUGAGCAAGAAAAUUAUAUCGUUCACAUGGCAAGUCAUACUUUUUCUUCGUUUUCUUUAUUUUUACAUUCUUAGGCUGAUUGUCUUUUUUUUAGGAUAUUGUAUUUUUUUAACUUAAGAAGGCCUUGAUUUAACUGAAUGCACUGUUUUGAUUACAUGUGAGCCGAUCAGUUUGGUGAUGCUUCUCAAUGUAAUUGUGAAGACGUCCCUACUAGAAAGCAAUUCACUUUGAAACAACUAUGCCAGUUACGAGUGCCAGUCAAAUUACACAUAGCAUUCUCCUGUCUCCCUUAAAAAAUGUCUUCUUAUUUAAUGGCCAGUUAAGCUGUAUUGAAAUGCACUGACAUCCUAAGAGGAAGGAUCAGGGGGAUACAUUCUUGUGAAAAGCCUAGUACUUUUUUGUGAGACACUACAAAAAAAAAAAAACAACAACUAUAUACUAAUAUAUAUAUAUAUAUAGUAUAAACAUAUUUUGUAUUAUACACCCCUAUCAGGAUUCCCUCAUAUACAAGCUCUAUUCAACACUUGAGAUCAAUUUAUUCCUAGUUAGUAUUGAAUCAACACUAACAGAAAUGUUUGUAUCUCAUUGUUCUGAAUGGGAUUAUCCAUAGUGUAGGCAGAUGUGAAUGUACAUGGCAAUCAGCAAUGAAGUAACGUUUUGAAGAUCCAGAUUUGAACGGUGUUGGACAUAUUUGGCAUAUUUUGCCAUGAGUGUUACUAUUCUUCUAUACACUGUACUGCACAUUGACUUCAAAAUCCUUAUGUUAUUAUUCUGAAUGCAGUUAGCAUGGGAUUUGGGAUUACGAGUAUAAGGUGCAUGUAUUGUUGCCAAACUAAAGACAGCCUUACUGUAAUGCUAACAUUGCAAGCAUGUGCAAGAACACCAUGAUCACUACUUGUAUUUAACUAAUCUGUUGACCAGUCCCUGAUCAUGCAACUAGUAUUGCACAUGCUAAAACAUUUGCACAUGCUGAAGGCUUAAUUAAACUGGAUGUAUGUAUACAGUUAGUGUAAUAUGAUUAAGUGAUUAAGAAGUUUUAAAGGUCACAAGCUAUUGACUGGCUGAUGAAUUUCUCUGAAAGUUGGAGUAAUUUUGAGUAGUCGUUUGACAGGGGCAUACCCAAAUGUCAAAAAAAGAAAAGAAGAAGAAAGAAAAAGCCACAGAACUAUAGGGCCUUAUUUAUAUACAGUAUAUAUUUAGUGUGUUAGAAGAAGCAUUAUUGAUGAUGUGAAAAGGCAUUCAGAUUGACCUUGGUAAACUGCAUGAAACGAUGUAGGCUACAAGAGAAUGUUUCACUUGACAGAAGAUUCGGAUGUCAGGGAGAUCCACAAUGGUAGACGACCUUGUUUCAUCACUGUCACCCUUUAGGUGAUAUAAGGAACAAGCUAAUAAACCAAAGUGUGGAGCUGCUCCCUCCCCCGUUCAUUUGUUCUGGCUGAAAGCACUCCCUUAAUUGUGACUUCAGGUGCCAAGUAUGUAGAGGCACUUGUAGCACAAAUGUACUAUUAUUUUAUUUUAUUGGUUAAUUUUUAAGUGAUCUCUUAUUACAAAGAGUUUGUCUAACAUGCUUAUGUAUGAUCCACUAUAAUGCAUCAUUAUAACUAUUUUUAAAGGUUGAAUUUGCCAAAGUUGGCAUGUUUGCUGUAUUUUGUUCUUUUACAAUUUGACUUUGGGAUGUACAGUUAUGGCCACAACUCCAUAUUUGUAGGAUUAAUUUGAAAAUGAAGCCCAUGUGCCAUUUAAUUAAGCAAUAACACAAAGACAUAUGAACAUUAUCAAAAUGAUAAAUUGCUGAAUUCAUGUUCAAUCCCUCAUACUUCACUGGUGACAUUUACUAAGAUGUUGAUAGUAUUGGCACAGCAACAUUGCCACAGGCCUGAGAAGAUGUGAAUGUGAUAAUUUUGUAUUAUUUUAUAUUUUAGUGUUUCUACUUACAAAUGUUUACUUGUAAGAGGAAUUCUUCAGUUUACAGUUGAUUAUUAUUGUGUCGUACUGAUGCCACAGAAAUAAGUGAAAACUUGUGAUGUCAAGGGACUCUGAAAGUUGUGCCUAGCUCUGAAUAUGAUUGGUCAGUUUCAAAUAUCCAAAGUCUCCUGAUUCACUGAGAACAAACAACUCUAAAACAAUCUGCUCCUGUUGCAUUUAUCACAACAGAAAGGUCAACACUACACAAAAGUGGUGCGACACACACAGGUUAACAUUAAUCAAGCUUUUAUGAUUUUUCUUGAAGACAAAAAGAAUGAGCCUUUUAUUAACAUUUUAAUGGGUAAGGUUGUAAAGUGUAAUGUACUGUAAAUAGCAUUUGGGGACAUUUUAUGAUAAUUUUCUAAUAUAAACUAUAUUAAUAUAAGUACCGUACUUAUUAUAAGAUGUGUUCAAAAUAGAAAACUGUGUACUAUGGAAACAACUGGAAACUGAGACAUAAUUCUAAUCUAUACAAUCACAACUUUCAGAGUCCCGGCCAUCCUCUCAGCACUGAACUUACUAAUGGCUCUUAGAAGCAUUGCAAACCUCAAGUGGGUUACUAAUUAUUGUAAAUUCCUUCUAGUUUACAUGUAAAUCCCUGGAAAUACUUUGGAAAUGUAUGGCACUUAUGAGGUACCUUCAGAAGUUAUGUAAUACUUAUUUUAUUUGUUCAAGAUAAACUCAUGUUUACGGUUUCUGGUGCAAGUUGGCAUUUGUGCCAAUCAUGUCAGUGAGCUGAAUACAUUUCAUUUAUUGGCUGCCUGUAACUAUGGAAACAUGGCCACACAAAGCACAGCAGGGAAAUGAUAUGCAGCCAGACGCGGGGUGGGGUGGGGUCAGUUGCCACACGUUGGGGUGGGUCUACUGUUGGGUGGAAAUGGUAUGACAAUGAGGAUGUAGGGCUGGGUAGUGGAGAAUAGUGUUUGGAAGGAAAGAGGGGGUUUGGGGGAUUUGGCAUGGCGAAUCUGACCUUGCUUUACUUGUUUGGUCCCAGUUAUCACCUGGUUCACUUUGAGUUCAAAAACAUUGUACUGCCUUUGACUCUUCAGACAUUCUUUUGGAUAUAUAUUUUUUUAAAGUUGCUGUUUACUUUGCCACCUUCCUUUACUUUUAAUUUUCUUAACACACAGGAACUUUGUAAAGAUGUAAAGAAAAGUUUUCCUGAUUUAUGAAAGAAAAGGAUGUACAUACUGAAUAAAUUAAAAGAAUGAUGCAUAAAGC